UGCUACAGAGAUAAUUAGAGUAAAAAACCUGCGAAAUGGCCUUAACUGGUUCAAUAGUCUCCUGCUUUUUUCUUAAGAUCCUUGUUUCUCUCUCUUGAACUUUCUGUUUAUGUACCGUCUCUUUCUUCAAUUAUUCUUGCUCUUGUCAUCGAAAUAUCUUCUCUUUUCUCUAUCAGAUUCCCAGAAAGUUCUUUCUUCUGGUGUUUGUUAGUUUUGGGAAUUAUUCAUUUCUUGGUUUUACCCCAAGUUUUUGUUUGUCUCAUCGUUUCUGUUCUGUACUGACAUCUCAGUUGUGCAUAGAUGGGUAUAUAUCUCAGCAGUCCCAAGACUGAGAAAUUCUCAGAAGAUGGUGAAAAUGAUAGGCUCAGAUAUGGUUUAUCAUCCAUGCAAGGGUGGCGUGCCACCAUGGAAGAUGCUCAUGCGGCAUAUCCUGAUCUGGAUGAUUCCACUUCUUUCUUUGGUGUCUAUGAUGGCCAUGGAGGUAAGGUGGUUGCAAAGUUUUGUGCGAAGUUCCUUCACAAACAAGUUCUCAAGCAUGAGGUGUAUGAAGCUGGAGAUAUAGGAUCUUCUGUUCAGAGAGCAUUUUUCAGAAUGGAUGAGAUGAUGCGUGGACAAAGGGGAUGGAGAGAAUUAGCUGUUUUGGGAGAUAAAAUAAAUAAGUUUACAGGCAUGAUAGAAGGAUUGAUAUGGUCUCCAAGAAGUAGUGAUGGUAAUGAUCAACCUGAUGAUUGGGCUUUUGAGGAGGGUCCUCACUCUGACUUCGCUGGACCAACUUCUGGGAGCACAGCUUGUGUUGCAAUUAUCAGAAAAAAUCAACUCAUUGUUGCAAAUGCUGGUGAUUCUCGCUGUGUGAUAUCUAGAAAGGGACAGGCUUAUAAUCUCUCAAGAGAUCACAAACCUGAUCUUGAAGCUGAAAAAGAAAGGAUAUUAAAAGCCGGUGGAUUUAUACAUGCUGGACGAGUGAAUGGUAGUUUGAAUCUUGCAAGAGCUAUAGGUGACAUGGAAUUUAAGCAAAAUAAAUUUUUGCCAGCUGAAAAGCAGAUUGUUACUGCCAAUCCAGACAUAAACACUGUUGAGCUGUGUGAUGAUGAUGAUUUCAUUGUGCUAGCAUGUGAUGGAAUCUGGGAUUGCAUGUCAAGCCAGCAAUUAGUGGAUUUUAUUCAUGAACAACUACAUUCGGAAAGCAAGCUUUCUGUGGUGUGCGAGAGGGUGCUCGAUAGGUGCUUGGCGCCAUCAACAGCAGGCGGCGAGGGAUGUGACAAUAUGACUAUGAUCAUAGUGCAGUUCAAGAAACCCAUCCAGGCGGCGUCAUCCGGCAGUGACCAAUCCUCACAAUCCAGAUUAACUGACACUGAUUCGAAAUCAGAAGAAAGUUGAAUCAAAAGCAGCUGCCAUUGUAUCACAAUGUCAUAUUGUAUUGGGCGGCCCCCUCCGAUUGGAAGAUACAAGAAUCCUUCCUUUGCUUGAAAAUCAGAGAUCAAAUAUGUGUACUUGUAGAUGGUCCACCACAAAAAACGAAAAAAAGAUUUAAUGAAAUGUUAAGAAAAUUCAUUGCUCAUGCUGGUGUGUGUUUAUCUUUGACGAAUGACAAUACUACAACAUUACAAACUUCAAGAGCUUGUACAGUUUUUACCAGUUAUUGGAACUGCAUCUAAUAUUAGCAGUCUCACAUUUUCUGCCAA